GAGCCACCGGGAGCCAUGGCCCGCCUGCCGCGAGCGCUCCUGCUCCUGCCUUCCGGAGAGUGGCGGGGCCGGGUCGUGCGGGGCCUCGCGGGGUCGGGGCGCGGGGACGCAGUUCUCGAAGCAGAGGCAUCCAAGAGAAAGAUGGCAACACAUCGGGUGCCAGGGUCUUUUCUGAAGCGUGAGCUGACUCUCACCGAGGCUGAGUGGCAGAAGAAACUGACGCCAGAGCAGUUCUGUGUCACGAGGGAAAAAGGAACCGAACCGCCUUUCAGUGGGGUCUACCUGGACCACAAGGAGCCUGGAAUGUAUCACUGUGUGUGCUGUGACAGCCCCCUCUUCAGCUCGGAGAAGAAGUUCUGCUCUGGCACUGGAUGGCCUUCGUUUUCUGAGGCUCAUGGUACAUCAGGCUCCGACGAAAGUCGCGCAGGGAUCCUGAGACGCUUGGACACCUCCUCGGGGUCGGCUCGUACAGAGGUCGUCUGCAAGCAGUGCGAAGCUCAUCUUGGCCACGUGUUUCCCGAUGGACCCGAGCCGAGCGGUCAGAGGUUUUGCAUCAACAGUGUGGCCCUGAAGUUCAAGCCAAGCAAACAGUGACCGUUUCUAGCAGUCCCCUCCCGGGCUGCUCCUCAAGCAACCUUGAUUUUCAUAAUUCAGGUAGAUGAUUUCUUUUGUGUGCUGCAAAGCCAGGCUGCUUGCUGUUGGCUCCAAGCAAGUUAUAACUUCUCUUAUUUACCUGUGGUCUGGCCUGACACCUUCUUGGACCAUGGAAUUUUACCUGAGGGGAAGCUGUUUCCACCACUGCCUUGCAAAGGCCUGGGGUGGGUCAGCAGGGUGGGCCCUUGUGGGACAUCAGGAGGCUGAUGGGUAGAAGUUCCUGCAGAAUGACCCUGAACUUGCCACUGUAGUGAACUCCUCCAGGAGCAUACGAUGCGGAGCCCUGAGCCAUCCCAGCAUUGUGGAGCAGAUUCGGGGAGAGGCUGAGCUUUGCUUAGCACACAUUAUGGUGACCAUAUGAGUGAUAUGUUUUCAGAUUUUUAAUGUCUCCAAUAUUCUACUUUUGCCCCUACCACCCACAAAGCAGCUCCAAUGUGGGCCUGUUAGAUUUUGUUGAUUACAAUGAAAUGUUCACCUUUGUACCUUCUGCCUACAAAGUUAAACUUUAAAAUGUUCAAAUAGAAUAUUUACUGAAAUCAAUGUUUGCUUUUUGUCUAAGCCUAUGAAUUUGCUCUUUUAUAAACAUGACUGGAAGUGAAAAUAACAGAAAAUAACCAGAUCAUCUGGUAGUGGCACCUGGUUACCCAAGAGGCCUGGUGACUGGUACUUUACAGAUUGAGCCUUGAAUAACUGGUUAUCAGUAGUGUUUGAGUCAUUUUCUUUGUGACUUUACGGACAGAAAGAGAACAAGUUUUUCUCCUU